AUGAAUCAUAACGCACUUGCACUUAAUAAUAAUGAAAAUAUUUCAAAUGACCUGAAUGAUAAUAAAAUCGUUGUUUUUCUCGGUCGAACUGGUUCAGGAAAAACAAGCUUAUUUAAUUUACUUUCAAAUUCAAAUCAACCAUUAGGUAAUUCAGUAUCAUCAAAAACAAAAGAAUUCUUUUAUAAAACAUUUCAUAAUGUAACAUAUAUUGAUACAAUUGGUUUUCGUGAUACAGAAGAUGAAAAUGAACAUAAACUUAAAGUUGUUCUUUUUCUUAAAGAAAUUCGAAAUGGUUUUGAUAUAAUUUUCUAUUGUAUUCGUAUGGAUGUAUUUACAUCUGAUGAAGCGAAUUUAUUUUCAGAAGUUUAUGAAACAGUAUUAACUAAAAAAGCUUAUAAUAAUUCAUGUUUAUUAAUUACAUUCUAUACACGUCCUGAUAUCGAUGAAGUAAAUACAUUAAAUUCUCCUGAACGUCAACAUUUAUUAGAUGAAUUUCGAUGUAAUAAUAAAUAUAAUGAUAUACUUGAUUAUUUUGAAAAUCGAAUAUUUUUUAUUGAUAUAAGACAAGAAGAAAAUUUAAAUGAUUGUUCAUUUAAUAGUACAAAAUAUUUACAAUAUAAAGCAUUAAAUGAUAUGAUUAGUGAAAGAAAACAAAUUGUUUAUAAACAUUUAAAUAAAUUUAUUGAAUAUUUUUUUCCAGAAAGAUUUGAUUGUGAAAAUAUGAAAACAAUGAGAGAUAUUAUAUUUAAAAAUGAUUUACUCGAAGAACAACUCAAUGAAUUACGAGACAUUAUAAUAGAUGUAGUAAAUGAAAAAUCAACAACAAAUUUCUAUGAUUUAUUACGUUUUAUGCCUAUUACUAAUAUGUUUAUUGAUGUAUUUGAAAUAAGUCGACGUGAAAAAUUACAAAAGCGCAUAAACAAAGUGUUAAAAAACUAG